UCGACUUUGGCUUGCGCACACUCUCUGAUGGUGAGCGCCAGUUCCAAACUUGAAUUUCACCGUUAACCCAAACAAACAAAUCGGUAAAUUGUAUUAUCGACUUGCGAUUCCACACCGACUGUGUGUAUGUACUUCGUGCGCGUUUUAUCUAUACUGUGCAUUUUGGAUUAAUUGCCAGUGACAAUAUUUGUGUUGUGAUUUUUUCGGAUGCAGUUUGGUGGACUAGUGACCUGACUUAAGUCAUCUUCUUGCACCUGUGUUGUGAGACCAAGUGCCAUCGCAGGAUUCUUUGCAUUAAAUUUAGAUGAUCUGACCUAAUUGUGCCUGGAAUUAUUUUUAUUAUAAGGAACCACUUACACUUUUGUGCCUGACUAUUGUGUGUGGUGUUUAGUGAAGUGUUUUUUUUCAGUGACCUUUUUCGGAUUAUUUUUUGGAUACAGAUACUUGCAUGGAUCUCAGAUCUAAAGGAAUUCCGCGUUCAUGUGUUGGAGACGGUUCGACAUCCAUCGUGACAUAUCAAGAUCACUUGUGAUAGAAUAUCACCUACAAGUAGGGUAGUGGCAAAAAUCCUGUGAAGUACAAAAUUUCCUCCAAAGACUACUAAAAUCGGGGGAAAAGGAGUCCUCCAGCCACAUCGUGGCGGGGACUCACGUCCUAGGGGCCCAGUCGCCUAUGUCGCUGGCGAUGCCCUUUAUCGACAACGAUCUACUAUGGAGUUCUGAUCACGAUGGUAAAAUGGUCGACAUCUCUUCUUGCCUUCAAGAUGCAUCAGUACCUGGAGCCCAACAGAAUACCACAGGAAUGGGUUUGGGCGAAUUAUCACAGUCGGACUUAAGUUCGCUUGUUCCUCCCUUGCCAGAAGCGAAUAUCGCCGACAAUGAGGACAUUUUUAAACAUUUAUCCGAUACGACGUCUAUUGAAAUAGACACUUUGCUUAAUGAAUUUAAUUCUACUCCUUUUAUUAAGCAAGAAGAAAACAAUAAUAUCCCAAACUGCGCCGCCGAUGAAGCGUCGGGUAAUUCUGCCACUCACCAAAAGAGUGCGCAAGUUAUGUUAGAGAUGCGCUCUCUAAAAUACACCAUUGCCGCAGCGAAUCCGAUUCUUGCCGAGAAGCUCGCGACACCUAGUGAGCAAAAUAUUCAACCAAGUAAUAAUGGAAGUCGACCGCAGUUGGCGCCACUGACACCGAAAGUGGAGAAAGUCGACAAAGAACAGAACAACUACCUACACCAGCUUCUUUCAAGACAACGUACAGAUCUCCAACAUCAUCCCUCUUUGUGUGAUUAUGGCAGAAGGAAGUCGGUGUAUCAUCCCACGACGACAGGCACUACUGGUUCUUUACCACCGAGUCCAGCAGAUUCUGGUGUUUCGGACGUAGAUAGCUCAUCGAGUGGACACACAUCGACUGACGAAUUAAAGGCCAGAUUACAACCCUCAAUACACUCCCCCGUAGGCAACUUAUUCUCAAGACACCCCCUGUCGUGGUCGUCACCCGCCCAUCAUGGACAGAGGGCACCGAGUCACAUGUCGCAGCAGUUUUACCAGCCCCUUACAUCAAUACCGGACUCGUACAACAGCUACCUUUUCCAGCAGCACCACCACGUUCAGCAGAACCCGCACAUGCACCACCACAACAGCACAGCCUCCCCUUUCACGACGCCCUCCCCUCCCUCUCCGCCCAUGAGGCACGCCAUUCCCACGUCGGUGAUCCAGGCGGCGACCUCGAGCGUGUACGACGACCCCUACAUGCUUGGUUUUUCACCGCGGAAGCUGAAAAAGGUGAAGAAGCAGAAAAUCGGCGAGACCGGUUCUGUGAAGAGGAAAAGCCGGGAAGGCUCGACGACGUACCUUUGGGAAUUUUUGCUCAAGCUCCUGCAAGACAGGGAGUACUGCCCUAGAUAUAUAAAGUGGACGAAUAGGGAGAAGGGGGUGUUCAAGCUGGUGGACUCUAAGGCGGUGUCGAGGCUGUGGGGAAUGCACAAGAAUAAGCCCGACAUGAACUACGAGACUAUGGGGAGGGCCCUGAGGUACUACUACCAGAGGGGCAUUCUGGCCAAAGUGGACGGGCAGCGGCUGGUCUACCAGUUCGUGGAGGUGCCGAAGGAUAUAAUCGAAAUCGAUUGCACGGGCGCGUGAUUGCCUUAAGUUAGACUUCUUCCAGUGAUUUUUCACUGUCUCGAGAGUACAACAUACUUAAAACACGAAAUGAAUUUAUUUAUUAGAAAUUAUAGUAACUCAGAAUUUUUAUUGGUGUAUAUAAAUGACUCAAAACAGUUUUUAAAGACAAUAUUGUACGAGUUGUUUUGGAUUUAUACAACGAAUUUUGCACUUUGCACAUGUACCAACUUUCGUUACGAGAUCUCAAUGUAAAGUGUAACACGAAUCACUGUCAUAUCUUCGUAAUUGUUUCGAAAAUGGACUUACCUGAUACGUCAAUCAAGAAUAAGUGUCUUGUCACCUUUACUGGACUGCUAGGAAGGUUGUGAUGUGAAUUAUGUUAUCCAGGUUGUGGUUAUUUGUAAUAAUUAAACCAGAAAGAGAUUGUAAUUUUUUAUACUUUACACUAUUUCAUACCCGUUUGCUUAAUUUAGGUCGGAUUCCAUCAUUCAUUUUUCCCGCAGAGACACAUCAACUGGUAAUUCAAAGACAGACCACAAGGUGCUUCUAUUAAAUUGUACAGUAACGUUUAUUUGUUGUUUUGUUGAAACGAUACAAAGUUUUAAAACUGAUGUAAUGUAAAUAAAAGUUUAUUGAAAAGAAGACGAACCGUAUGAGUGUUGUUGCUUGUAUGAAAUAGUGAUAGUAAUUGUUAUAGUAGAUUUUUAUAAAGUAAGAAACAAAUAAGAGAUAUUUAGAAAAUCUUAUAUUGACUUGUAAUACUUAAGAACGGUACGAAGAUUUAAUAUGAAAUGUGAUAGAGAGGACAAAGUAUUUUGGAAAAGUUUUAUAAAAUUUUGUUACCUAGUUUAGCAUAAGAAGGUUAGAGGUGCUCUUAAAAGGCGAUGAGACUGUGUGGUGCCUGAAGAUUGACAAAAAUUUUAGUAGACGUACCAACGCGUUGAAUUGUCAAUAUUUUAGCUCUCUUGAAUUUAGCAUUGCAGAGUGUUCGGCAACAGAAUAUAUAUGUUUGCGUUACUACAACAAAAAGCUUUGAUCUCAGAUGUACACGCAGGAAAAUACAACUUGAAAAGCAGAAUAAAAAUUGUAAAUAAUACCGUUUUUUGUACUUAUAUUGGAUUCAUUUCUAAUUUGUACUCCUUUACGUUUUAAUUUCUAAGUGUACAUUCUGUAUAGUAUUUAUUUAACUAAUUUCAAAGAUUCACAUUUAUAAGUUGUAAAUUUUCGUUGUAACGUUCUGUGAUUGUAUAUUUAGUUCCCUGUAAAAUUUUCGAAAUUUUUAUGUAGUAAAUGUUGUUAACGUUGUACCUAAGGUCAAAUGUGUCUUGAAAUCUUACCCAACUCAGUGCGCAAAUCAGGACGAAAUUACAAUUAUAUUAUAAAACUAACCCAGGUCUCAAUCUCAGUGAAAUAAUUAUACAUAUGUGUAGAAUUAUUAACUAGAUGUACGCACAACAAACAAAAUAGAAAUAUUCGAUUUGUACGUCCAAAACAUGUGAUAUCUGUCGAAAUUGCAUGCUUGAUCACCGUAGCAUAGAUAUAUUUGUAACAUGUUUGUUAUACAUGUUCAAUGGUCUUUAAACAUUUUGUUUGUUGCUGUUGGUUCUCUUUUUUUCUUGCAGCGAUCGUCUGCAGGCAUCUUAUGUAUACACAUAUUGUUUAUACUCAAUAAAAAAUUUGCAGUAAACUAACAUUUGUUGUAAAACAAUUAUUAAUGUUAAAAAGCCGUAAAAAAUUGCAACUAAAUAAAAAAAUGAAAAGAUUGGUGAUAUUGUCAAAUAUAGAAUAAUGUUGACGCAAGUUGUAUAUAUUAUAUUGUAUAAUUUUUAUUAUAUUACAAAUUACCUACCUAAGUAUCUACUGAAUUUUAUUGAUUUUAAAUACAAUAUUGUAUAGUUUUAUUUAGAAUAAGACAAGGUACUUUUAUUAUAUAGUUUAUUGUAAUAUUUUGUCUUUACAAAAAUACAACAUGAAUAAAAUUUAUUUGUGUUUA